UCAGCUGAACGAAUCACAAGCUCCUCUGGUCAGCUGACUGGAAGUGUGACGCUCUCCGAAGGGUUUUCAACAGCGACUCAAUUAACUGUGUUUUCAGCAAUGUUUUAUUAAAACAGCUUCCGAUUUUAACAGAUUAUUUUGUAGAUUACUGAAGUGAUUCAUAUAAUCGGACCCUUUCUCGGAUUGUUUGAGGAACCAUCAUGACAGAGUUCUGGUUGAUCUCGGCUCCUGGAGAGAAGAACUGCCAGCAGACAUGGGACAAGAUGAACACGGCCACAGCUCAGACCAACCUGUCCACCAACCACAAGUUCAACAUACCUGAACUGAAGGUGGGGACUCUGGAUAUCCUUGUAGGGCUGUCUGAUGAGCUUGCCAAACUGGACUCUUUCGUAGAGAGCGUAGUGAGGAAAGUGGCCCAGUACAUGGCGGAUGUGUUAGAGGACAGUCGAGACAAAGUUCAGGAGAAUCUUUUGGCCAAUGGAGUUGAUCUGGUCACGUAUGUUACGCGGUUUCACUGGGAUAUGGCCAAGUAUCCAAUCAAACAGUCCCUCAAGAACAUCUCCGAGAUCUUGUCCAAGCAAGUGAGUCAGAUUGACAAUGAUCUUAAAGCCAGAGCUUCAGCUUAUAAUAGCCUGAAGGGAAACCUGCAGAGCCUGGAGAGAAAGAAUGUAGGGAGUCUUUUGACUAGGAGCUUGGCUGAUAUAGUCAAGAAGGAGGACUUUGUUCUGGACUCUGAAUAUCUUAUUACUCUACUUGUAGUUGUUCCAAAGACGAGUUAUCCUGACUGGCAGAAGACAUAUGAAACUCUUUCUGAAAUGGUGGUUCCAAGAUCCACAAAGCUUUUAUUUGAAGACCAUGACAGUGGGCUGUUUAGUGUGACACUCUUCAGGAAGGCUAUUGAUGACUUCAAACACAAAGCCAGAGAAAACAAGUUCAUGGUGCGUGAUUUUCAGUACAAUGAAGAGGAGAUGAAAGCAGACAAAGAGGAGAUGACUCGCCUCUCCACUGACAAGAAAAAGCAAUUUGUACGCGUCCAACUGUCUAAAUUUGAUUCAAUAUUGAACAUUAUAAAAUCCUCCACAAUGUUGUUGAUGAGUAACCUCAAAAUGUAUCAACCUCACAGCCAGCUAGGGAGGCCUUGGGCCUUGAUUAGUCUCCAUUUUAAUAUAAGAAAGAGAAAAAAGAAAAGUAAUGAUAACAAUGGUCAAUCUGCUUCUGCACUUCAGGGUCCUUUGGUGCGUUGGCUUAAAGUAAACUUCAGUGAGGCUUUCAUCGCAUGGGUACACAUAAAGGCACUUCGGGUUUUUACAGAAUCAGUCUUGAGGUAUGGGCUGCCAGUCAAUUUCCAGGCUAUGCUGCUUCAGCCCAACAGGAAGAACAUGAAGAAACUGAGAGAAGUUCUGCAGGACCUUUACAAACACUUAGACAGCAGUUCUACUGUUAUUGAUGCUUCUAUGGACAUCCCGGGUCUGAAUCUCAGCCAGCAAGAGUACUAUCCCUAUGUUUACUACAAGAUCGACUGCAACCUCCUUGACUUCAAAUAGAAGGCAAAUUCCAGUGCACCGUUCCAUCCUGCUUCACUGAGACAGUACCCAGUAACUUAUUAAACACUUACUGUUUAUCUUUAUCUUCCUCAUUCCUUCAUCAUUCCUGCAGAUCUGAUUAGAUUUCUAAUAAGAAGUCUUAGAAUCUCACCAUCUGUGUUAUUGGUUUCAUUUGUUUACAAAUGAAGGAUUUUCAGGGGUUUUAAAAUCUGUCCUUCGAAAGCAUGUUUGGUCCAACACUGAACACUCGGCUUUCGCUGAGCCCAUAAUGGUUUUGCAUUCUGUUGUUUUUAAUCUUCUGUUGGUGCGUACUCUGUGCCACGUGCUGGUAAUGCAGUGAUUAUGUUUAAUUGUGUUGCUGAGAACCACUAUGUUUGUGUUUGUACUUCUGCUGUGAGAUUAAAUGUAUUUACUGUAUGUUUUUGUUGGAAAAGGUGAAAUACAUGAUAACAUGCUGGAUGUAAAAACCAAUCAAAGUCAAUAAAAUUAUAGCACAUCA